ACAAUUUGUUUUUACCUUCUUCUUCAAUUUAUAUGCAUUAUAAAAAUAGAAGAAAUAUAUUUAUAAAUUUCAUUUUAUUUACAUAUCUUUAUAGAGAUUGUUAUAUCGAGUAAAAGUUGUUUAUAUAUGUGUACCUAAAAUUUGUACAGAAGUCCAUGUGACAACAAUGGCUUGUGAAGUAAAAAUUUUCGGAAAUAUAACAAAUUUUCGUAAAGUGCAAGAAUACUUUGGUCUUGGUCACGAUGACAAUUGGCUAAAUGCUGUUAAUUGCUCGAUUUCCCCACUGGGAGAAUUAAUCGCUUUGGCUCAAGGUGAAAAAAUUGCAUUGUUAAAUUCUUGUUGGAACGACAAAUCGCCGGUGGUCGCCUAUUCGUUAGGGUGGUGUGGGGAGUUAGACGAUCCCAAUGAAAUAAUAACCUCGGUUCUAUGCCUGCCCAUGUUUGGAAGCAACGUUAGUUCUGGAGCUGAAUGGACUUGCAUAGUUUUUGGAUUAAGUUCAGGAAAAAUAGUCUUCUACACAGAUGGCGGUAUUAAAAUCUUUUCACAAAGUUUCCAUGAAGGUCCAGUUCUCAAUCUGAAGGCCUACAGUCCUCCCCGUGGAUCUGAAGCCGAACCAUUUGUUUACUUUACUUAUGAAGGUUGCUUAUGUUUCAUGAAGGGCUUGGAUUUUGUACCACAUCUAAAUAAUUUACGUUACAAUUUAAAUCGUACGAUGAGACAUAACAACUUCUCUUCGGUUAACGCUGAGGCAGCAGUAAAAAUUGCUGAUCUUCUGACAUACCAAAAAUUGCAUUUUCCCCUUGAACAUCGUACGAUGAUAAACGAUGCCGCUAUCUCUGCUUUUUAUGCACCCAAAAUCUUUGAUCACUGCAUAGACCAAUGCUUGAACAGUGGUUAUUAUACACGCAUUACCGAGAAUCCCGCACAAAGCUCUACAGUUCUUGGCGUGGGAAAUGCACCUUACCUUGGCUUUUACAGUGCCGAAGAAGGCUAUAAAAUUAUUUCUUUAGGUGAAGUAGCGAAAGAUGUGAUAGGCGUAGCUUAUCGCAACAUUUUCGGGAAUAUUUUUGGACGCUCCCCUACAACCGCUUUUGAAGCUGAAAAUCAAGCGUCUACAACGGCAGCCAAAGAUAUACAAAUGCGUUCAAAAUUUCAAUUUUUCGACGACAAAAGAGACGCUUAUAGCAUUGCCAUUGCACCAAAUGGCCGUUUAGCGGCAAUAGUCGACAAUUUAGAGCGAGUUAUGCUCGUGGAUUGCCAGAAAUCAAUCAUUUUAAGAGUAUGGAAAGGAUAUCGAGAAGCACAGUGUGGCUUUAUUGUAGUCAAAGAAAAGACUCUGAAAAAUAUACAAACCUCACGUAGAAAAGCAAUGUUUCUGGUUAUAUACGCUCCCCGAUUGGGAUGCUUGGAAAUUUGGCCUUUACAGUAUGGUCCUAAAGUUUCAGCGUUCACAGUCAGUAAAAAUGGUCAACUAAUCUACAACACACACGGUUUGAUAGGCCUCAGCAAAGAUGUUAAGAAAACUCGUGCCCAUAAUUAUUCCUGCUUAUUCCUAGACCCUAAUGAUGGCUGCGUCAAGGAAAUACAAAUACCGUUUCAUUAUGCUCUGAGUGCUACGAAUUCUGCCACAUCACGCGAUAUUCAUUUGUUGAGACGUUUGAAAAAUAUGCUUCGUUCCACUGAGCCUUUCAAUUUAAGUGUCGAAGAAUUGGAAUGUUUUGCAGCCGAAUUUCAGACGGUAGAAGUCAGACAACAGUGUUUGGAAACAUUGUUAAAAAGCAGACAAUUGCAUGCCUCCACAUUUCAAAUAUUCACAAAUGCCUUUACCACAACUCUAGCGCAACAAAUUAAAAAUCCCAAAGAUAUCACCGAUCUUGAAAGCUUUCAAGACUUCUAUAUUACAGUUCAAAAUUACCGGAGACUUUGCGAUUUCUACUUAAGCAUAAAAAGAUCCGUUAAAUCAGAACAAGUGGAAUUGCUGCAAUUUUCCGAUAAUUAUUUAGUAAUUAUACAACAAUUGCUCCUCCAUCUAAGCGAUGUUUUAGUAAGCAGUAAACUUUCACCGCUUUCCGAGAUGCAGUCAACGGGUCGUUCAGUUACAUUUGAUUUAGAAUGUGAUGAACUUGGUGAUUUCUUUGAUUUCACAUCUAUUUUUCAAGUCAAUUGUAAAAAUUAUGUGCCAUUGCGACAGGAGAAAAGCUGUAAUUAUGGUGAUAUUAGUGGUAAAUUGUUUAGUGCCUUUUUCGAUCAAGGCUUUUCUGUUGAAAAUUUCAAGGAGGCAGCAGGAAAGUCGACGAUACCAUGUCAAGAUUUGCUGGUAUUAGUUCUCCAGUAUUGGUUGGAAAAACCUUUUUUAUAUGAAAACACAGACCAAAUUAUUGAGGACAUGUCGCGUCUGGGAGCCACAGUACGCGCAAUAUGUGAGCUAGCCGGAGAUGUAGUUAAUGAUUACGCUUACAAUGCUAUAUCGCCGUGGUGGCAGAAAGUACGAGAAUUAUUGCUCCAAAGCUCAAAAUCUAUUGGUCUUCUUGUCGCUAUAGUAUGUAAAACUGUAGCUAAAGAUUUACGCCAAGACUACAAAGAGGGAUCUUGUGAUGAGGGCUCACAACACGAGGAAGACGAAAACUGGGAACAGAUCUCACACGAUGAAGCUCAAUGGGCUUUAUUAAUAGCAAAAUUAGAGGAUAUAGCCAUACUUGGCGCUAUCAUAGAGUGUCGGAUAUUAUGCUUAGAACCCACAAUGCCUGAAAUUGCUUAUGAUCCUCCAAAUUGCAGUUUGAAAUUCGUUGUGAAUGGGGGGAAAGGUAUCGUUACGGAUUUAACUGCUCAAUGGCUUAUUAGUACGCGUAUACAUCCAUCGGAAAUUGUGGAAUUCGAGAAAUCGCUUACAGCAGAUGAAAGUUCUACUAAAACCUGUGAAAAAAGUAGCAACAAAGACGUUGAACAAAUCCCGCUGCAAAAAGAAGAACCUAAUAUUACGGAUAUAAAACGAGAAGCAGUGCUAAUGAAAUUAGCUUUACUUCGUAAACAUUUCCCCUUUAGUCUACAAUCUGGAGUACUCUUGAGUUUAAUGUCAUGGCAUUAUAUGAUUUACUGGAGUAAGAAUUUAAAUAGUCUUCAGCAUUUCAAAGCAGCAUUAAUUUGCUUAGAGCAAUUUAAACCUGACGAUUAUGCGUUAAAGCAUGGCAUUGGUUGUAUGUUGUGGCAGGCGACCAUAAAAUUUCCGCUACAAUCUGCGACAAAAUUAAUAGAAAAAGUUGGUCGUCUGCCAAAAAAUAAAUUGUGUCAACAGAACAUUGACAUGAACGCUUCAUCGUUGCCCGAAUUUCUGGAACACUGCCUCGAUUUCAUAAAACAUUUGAAAGGAUCUGUAAAUUACGAAAAAAGAGAGUUACACUUUGAAGAAUCUUUGAUUGAAGGACCUUUAGCUUUAGCAUAUUUAGCUAUGCAACAACACCACGCUGUAAAUAAUCUACUAAAAUUGCAUUUUGAACUGUGUGCUGUUUUGCAUUUUAUUGUUAACUUUCAACUGAAAUUUUCAAAACCCUUAACCACGCUUUUCGACGCAAUGAGCAAUAAGGCGUUCUUUAUGGAUAUUAAUAAGGAGUUGUCUUUUAUAUUACCUGCACCCGACCCGGCUCUGCAAUCGCUAAGAACUGAUUUUUUAUGUAAGGUUAUAACAGCGUCGAUGGAUUUAAUACGUGAAGAUUUCCUAGAAGUUUUCAUUCUCGAACAUGCUGAAUACAUGGAGAAAAUCUAUACCUUGGGAAAAAGUUGGUGCGUAGAUCACUUACCAUUACGAAGACGUCAGAUUGCUGAUUUGUAUAGUCAUGGCUAUGAUGGGAAUGCUGAACCUUUGCUGAAUGAUAUACCUAAAGACGAGCACAUGGGGCGUUUGUUGUUAGAAAUUGCGGGACAUCGUUUAAAUCUAUACACCAAUUUCUCCCAGAAGAGAUUCCUCACAGUAGCUUCCGUUGGUCAACAAUUAUUACAGUAUCUAGACCAUCUUCAAACAAUAUCGGAGAAAAGCGUUGUAACAACAACUUUACAAGAGCUAGAAAUCACCCACUGUAGUAUCAUCAAAUUAGUCGCCAACGCUAUUGAGUGCCUCUCAGGUAAAGAUUCACCCUAUGUACAUAUCGCCGCCCAAAUGUUUGACGCUGGCAAUCUUUUGAAAGAAUGUGAUAAUUGAAAGGAUAUUGAUAGACCCGUUUAACCUUAACAUGCAAGCACCUCAAAUUUUAUUUUACGUUUUCAUUAGGCUCGUAAAUAUAACAAAUGAAAAUCUUAUAUACUUACUCCUUAAGGAGAGGAGACUUGCAUGUUCGCUCCCUUAAACAUGUAUAGAUGAAGAAGAAUUGUUUGUUGAUUAUGGAUGCAUUCCUGUGCUCCGUUUUUUGCCGAUAAAUAAAUGUGCCAAAUUUUAUAUCCACUCCUCGUGUAAAGGCUAUCGAAAAAAAUUUUUCUUAACAAUUUUUUAAUGUGCAAUUGAAUAUUGCGGUUAUUCGUGCUUCAACUGAUGUGUUUGUCCAAUGAGGAUUGAUGGGCAUAUGGAUAGAGCGCAAUCAUCUUAGCAUCGUAGCCUCAUCAACUAUAUAAUAUAUCUCUAAGAAUAAAACAAGGAAACUCUUAUAUCGAAGAG